AUGCCGUGUGUGAAGAUUGGCUGGAUCGUUUCCUCUGUCCUUACCUUGGUGGCUAUGGGUGUGUCGUUCUGGCUCAUUGGCAAACAUGUACGGAACUAUACAAACAAAUAUGAGCAACGUUACAUCGUUCGUAUCCUCUUCAUGGUCCCUCUGUAUGCGGUUGUCAGUACUGCGUCCUACUUCUGGUGGAACCACUCGACGCCACUUCUCCUGAUUCGCGAUUGCUACGAGUCCACUGUCUUGACAGCGUUUUUCUAUCUCUUGCUGCUGUACAUCUCGCCGGAUGUGAAUGUGCAAAAGGAGAAUGGUCUGUCUCGACAGAACGAUAAGGAGAGAGGCAGACGAGGGGAGCCGGUACAGAAAUGGGUGAUGCCUCUCGGGUUCGUGCACUGGAAGCCAGAGGAUGGUCUCUAUUUCUUGCAGCUCAUGAAGUGGGGCGUUCUUCAAUAUUGCGUAGUCAGGCCGGGGACAACAUUGGCAGCCGUGAUCCUCGAUUAUGUCGGCUUGUACUGUGAGGAUUCUUGGAGUCUUGGAUGGGGCCAUAUCUGGAUUACGAUUGUCGUAUCGCUUUCCGUGACGAUUGCCAUGUACUGCCUGCUGCAGCUGUACAUGGUUGUCAAAGUCGAAUUAGCGCCUCAGAAGCCGCUGUUGAAACUGUUCGCUAUCAAAGCAGUCGUGUUCUUGACGUUCUGGCAAGCGACAGCCCUGUCUGUGCUCACCUUAUUCGGACUGGUCAAAGAUACUCCAUACAUGACUGCCGAUAACAUCAACAUCGGCCUCGGAGCCCUGCUGGAGACAUUCGAGAUGGCUGUCUUUGCCUGCCUGCACAUCAAGGCCUUCUCCUACAAGCCGUACGUAACCGGCGAUACGACGCCCCGGUUCCGCUCCCUUGUCCACGCAAUGAGCUUCAAGGAGACCGGCCGCGAGAUCUGGGCUGGCUGGAUCUACAUGGUCCGCAGGAGUCGUGGGCACGAGGUUGACACUCAGGCGCGUCGCGAAGCCGUCCUCGAGGACGUCUUCGGGCGCUCGCGAAUCGCCAUCUACCGCGAGGCGAACGGCUCGGCCUCGGGCCCGGGCAAACUCAACAGCGCGCCGGAGAAGGAUUUGAGCGUGACGGUGCAGGUGGAGAAGGAGGUGCGCGUGGGCGACGAGCGGCAGUGGCUCGGGGUGGGCGACGACUACGUGUACGGGCUGGGGUACCAGGCGAAGAGACAGAGGGAGAGGAGUGAGGGUCUAGAGUCGCAGAUCGAGAAGGAGCUCGCGAGGCGUGGGUACACUCUGCAAGGCUCCGGCGGUGGUGCAUACUCUCCGAUCAUCGACGCAGAAGCAGCCCCUACUCAGGGGCACCAGCGUGGUCAAGCAUCUUGGUGGCGGCGCGUAUACGACCGUCUCUCGCAGACGGGAGCUGAA